AUAUGCAGGUUAAUCAGACUUUGUGAUCUAUCAGGGCAACUAUUUAUUGCUUUAGAGAAAACUGAUCAAGCGUGCUGCCUUGUUAUCAUUGUAGUACGAUAAGGACAUUGAGAGCUGGAGAUUUUAUCACUUGAAUGAAUCCAGCCCUGGGACCCUUGUUUGGGCUGAAAACUAAAAAAAGGAAAAUCUGAGUAAGCUGAGAUAUGUGCGAGGUGUAGUUGCCCAGUCAUGAGCGAGGCAUCAGGCCACCCUAUCGGGAAUGGUCAGUCCAUCAAUGUUGAAAUGAACGUUUUGCAGGACUGCACCAGCAAGGCAAUGAAGUCACGUGAUCAUAUGCAGAGCAACAUUUUCAUGCGAGGAUUCCGGAAGCCGAGAGAAAACAGGAGCCGGUGGUACAUCCUCUUUGCAGCUGCUGUGCUGAUUAUUUCGCUGAUAGUUGUUGCUAUCACGUUGGCAAUACAUUUUGGAACCAGUAGUAACGAUGAUAAAUUCAACGAGGGGCAAGUGGAGACCUUUCACCUCGGCCCAUCGAGCAAAGGUUCUACAGUCCAACCCACAACUAGAGGACAGAUCCUCACAAAACUCACCUCAAACUACCCAUCUACCUCAAACGAAGCGACCUCUUCCGGAUCAUCGCCGUUCGUGCCAACGACAAUAUCUUCAACAGAAGUUCACUCGAACAAGCAGACGACAAAAGUCGUCAGCCGACAACCCUCUGUAAGUGAGCAGACGACAGGUACAGUGACCACCGGAAGUAAAACAAAGACCGACUACACAACCACCGAUCAAAAGGAAACGUCUCAAACUCAAACUACCUCAACGAGCUCUCGGACUUCCACUGCCUCCGCUUCUAGCGACCAAACGUCACAAACAACCAAGUCAGUUUCUCAAGGAACCACAGAAACUGUCACCGAGUACCCGCUCAGACCAACUUUAUCCGUCCAAAGUAACGACAUCGAUCUUCCCUAUUCCAACUCCAUCUUAACCAUCAAGUGUGUCACAAUGUACGCCAGAAAUUGGCAGGAAAUGAGCAUCUCCCAUGAAUUAGAAGACACCAAAUCUACAACACUGGUCGUGGUUAGUUGGAAUCUAGGAUCACCAAGCGUAAACAUCAACUCCAACUUCACGUCAGAGGUCAGCUAUAAAGAGGACGCACUGUUACUGACCAUUCACUCUAAAGAGGUGGACUGUUCAUACCUGGGAAGAUACACCUGUCGGUUAGCUUUACCUGGGGGAAACUACCAAAAUACCACCGCUGUCAAAGCCGUCAAUAAAAAAGACUCAAAACCCAAACUAACAGUAUCGACAAGCGUCGUUGAAAAUAACGCAGCCACCAUCAAAUGUUCCAUGGAACUGAACGAACCGAACGUCACAAUCGCUUACAAGUUCCGGCCGCCUGGAUUGGAUAAAUACUUUAACCUUAGUCUGAGCCCUAACAUUACCCGGACGUGGACCGGAUGCUCCCUCCAAAUAGAGAGUACCCUGACGAUGGUGUCCAAGAUGCACGAUAAUGGAUCGGUGUUUAUGUGUGAGGUCACUUCCUAUCAUAAUAACGUCAUCAAAACCUAUACAGCAGAAGCCGAAUUUCACGUCAUUCCAAAAACAUACUGCGAUGACAAGAAUACGUACGCCCUUUACCCCCACCCUUACGAGAGCUGUAACGGUGUGAUAUACUGCUAUGUGGGCGGACCGCGGGUCUACAAGAUCAACUGUGGUGCAGGUUAUUGCUACGAUACAACCAAGACAAACUGUGUUAAAAUGGACAACACUUCAGACGGUGUAUCUUCUGUAAUCACAGAAACCACUACCACUAGCGCCCAAACAACAAAUUCAACGACCGAAUCAGGAAGUAUAUAAAAGAGGGAGAAAAAAACCUUUGUGGAUAUGCUAAUGAGGUGCUCGCUAAUGAAGAGGUGAUACAGAAUUCUUCUGCAUGUCACAAAAAUAUUCCUGGUUCUUUGAUCUUUAAGCUGUAAAGAACACGGAAAAACGACUGUUUUAUACUAUUUUGGAGAUAUGGGCUCUCCAUCUUGACCAAAAUCCUGUUACUUUCUAGUAAAAGUUUAAUUGAUGAGAGGUUUAGUCGGUCCACCGAUUUGUGUUGAAGCUCUCAAACCCGGAAACGUUCGGUCUUACCAUGUGAAAAAAAAAGAACGUGAAAGAAAAAAGAAAGUGAAAACCUAUCUUUUGUAGUGUGUUGGUGAAGGAUUUCUGUAGACUUCUUCUUCACAAGUAGAGAUAUUAAUCGCCGUUUACAAUUAAAGUUCAUCAAGAUUAAUAGGAUCAUACGUCACGUGGUCAGCUAACGCCACUCUGGUGACAGUUUAUUAUACAACAUAUGGUAGGCUUUAAUAGAAAACUGAAAAUAGCAUGGCAAAAAAUAGAGCAAUAGGUGGAGUGUACGGAAAAUCAAUGUCAUUGCCUUCUCUCCCAGAGACAUUCCUGUUUCAUCUCGAUCAUGCGAAACAUAAAACUGUUAAUUUAUUUUUACUUGCUGUCAAAAAGAAAUCCAACUGUUUUGCAGUCCCGUCAUCCCUAUGUGUUUAUGAAUAAAUAAUACCACACAUA